UUUGAGAGCUUGACUCUGAAAUGGACUCAUCUGUAUGCUGAAAUGUUCAUAUACUAACCUUUGCUUCCUUUUUUUAUGGCAACAUACAAUGUUUCAAAAGUGACAAGCAUACCCUUGAUAUUACCCAUUCUAAUAUUUGAUUAAAUGGGUUUUUUCCCUUUUAAUUUUAUAGCCUAUAGAUCUAAAAUGAAUACAGCCAUAGAAAAAUGAUGUCUCUCCAUAUGGUAAGAUACUAAAUAGCAGUUAAAAAAAGAACAAAUUAACAAGAUGCAUAUUUCUAAACACAAAGGUCACACAUAAUUAGUAAAAGAAAAAGCAAUAUGUAAUGAAUUUUAAAAUAUUUCUAAGUUGAUGGCACUGUUUUAUUUCUUUUACUGAGAAAAAGACUUGGAGUAAAUAUGACAAGAUGUUAAAAGUUAUCCGUUCAUGGUGUUUGUUGUUUUCCUGUAUUUAGAAAAUUUAUCUUAAAAUGUUAUUUUAGCUCUCUGAUCUUCCACGGUGGCAUGCCGUGGCCAAGGCCAGAAAGGACAGAAGGUGAUGGUGCAGCUCAUCAACCUCAUCUUCAGAUACUUGCAAAAUAGAUCCCAUAUUCAGGUGUGGCUCUAUGAGCAAGUGAAUAUGCGGAUAGAGGGCUGCAUCAUAGGCUUUGAUGAGUACAUGAACCUUGGAUUAGAUGGUGCAGAAGAGAUUCAUUCUAAAACAAAGUCAAGAAAACAACUGGGACGGAUCAUGCUGGAAGGAGAUAACAUUACUCUGCUACAAAGUGUGUCUAACUAGAACUGAUCAUUGAAGCGAGAAGCUGAGGGCCAGAGCUCCCCCCUCCCCCUUUUUAAGUGUUCUUUGUUAUGAAUAUAGUUCUAAAACAUGGCUCACAUUGUUUUCAUUACCUUUAGGUUCUUAUUCAGCCACAGUAAAUAGCCUCUGUUGGCUUGUUUGGUUUUUUUUUUAAUGUUAUUUUAAUGAAAAUAAGUACAUA